AUGCAGGAACCUCAUUCGGAAUGCUUCUAUGGCAGUUGGGAUGACCACAGAAAUGGCCGCAUAUCUUUCGAGGUCCACCUAAGGAACAAUCUACGCCAUAUCCUUGGUGGUACGCGUCAUAAUGAAGAUGCUCACAUCAACGACAAGGAGGUCAUGUUCUGGUCAGAGAGAGACUUGACAAGUGCAGCAGUAAUGCCUGGACCAGGUCAUGACCUGUUGUUCGGGGCAGACAAAGGCCUACAGACUCUCGGAGGAUCAGCACAUGACUUCAGCGGCCACAAGGCGUACGGUCAUGGAGCCUUGGCCGGACAGCCUGACAACGGAUGCGAAAUAUGGGUGACUAUGAUCCGCGCUGGCUGGGCGGUUCCGCGUCAAUACAUGCAAGGUUGGGCAGCUACCAGCGCCGCGGUUGACGCGGGAAAGCAGCUAUUUGAUGUACUGCUGGAGCACAAUGUCGAGAUCACCGGCUCGGCUGCCUUUGCCGCAGUCAUGCACGGGAGAUAUGAGCUACUCGACUACGCGCUCAACAUAUGCACUCCUGCGGACGAGCUUACCCGCAACAUGCUGUUGGAGCAAGCUGCUACGAGAGAGCUUCGCUACAUCAAGUUGCUUUUUGAAUAUGGGGUGGAUGAUAUCAACUGGAUUCCAGGAGGUGCCGCGAGUAUGCCACGAUCGAGAGAAGAUACCAUCCCAAGCAGGACACUGUUGCAUGCGGCCGCCGAGUAUGGGGAACCAGAAGUGGUGGAUUUCUUGCUUCGGCACGGCGCUGAGGUUAGACGGGAUUAUUUCGGCAGAACUCCCUUGGACCUUGCAAGAAAUGCUGGUCGUGCUGAGGUAAUGGAAAUAUUCACUCGACAAGCAGGGGGAAACUGA